AUGAAAUUAUUCAUAUUUGUCAUAGUAUGGUAUUUACCAUUGAUAAUUUCAACUGGAAUGGCACAUGGUCGAUCCUUGUCAUGUUCAUGCCAUUUAGAUGGAACAGGAAUGACAAUGGUAUGUGACAAUGUUCAUUCAUUAACUGGUUAUCAACAAUGUAUCCAUGAACAACUUAAUUUACAAUCAGACUUAAAACUAAGACGUGGUGGUAUCAUUACAAAUUUAACAAUAACAAAUCAUCGAUUAAAUAGUUUAUCGGCUGAUCUUCUACAAUUUUCAUAUGGAAAUGUUCAUUAUCAAUUAAGUGAUUUACGUUAUUUAUACAUUGUUCAAGGUAAAUUACGGCUAAUAGAUCAUCAAGCGUUAGUAUUAAUUGAACGAGCAAUUGAAUAUAUUGAUUUAUCAAAUAAUGAACUUGAUCAAAUGCCAAUGCUGUCUACUAAAAAUGAAGAGUACAGUAAUCUUGUAAAAUUAAUCUUAUCACAUAACCAUAUCCAACGUUUAACCAUAUCCGAUGUACGAGCUUAUAAUCGUUUAGAAGAAUUGAAUUUAUCAUUUAAUCGUCUACAACAUAUUGAUAUGACUAUCGUCAAUUCUUUAAAGAAUUUAAAAAAAUUAUUUAUCAAUUCAAAUAUGUUAAAAAGCUUAACUAAUAAUAUAAAAUUUCCAAAUAAUUUCCAUUUUAAAUUAAGUUCAAAUCCUUUCGAAUGCGAUUGUCGUCUUCGUUGGUUACGUAAUGCAUUAAAUCGUCUUCAAUAUCCUAUUUAUCAUGAUGAACCUAAAUGUGAAACGCCUAAAGCUUUAGCAGAUAGAAAAAUUACUACGUUAAGUGAUGCACAAUUUGUUUGCGGACCAAUUCUAUCAAAGCCUGAUAUGAGAAUUUUCAUAGCAGCCACUGGAGAACUUGUAACACUUCGAUGCGAUGUGUAUUCUGAUCCUGCCCCUGAAAUUUGGUGGACAUUUCAAAAUAAGAUUAUCGGUAAAAUGAUAUCAGGUGUCAAUGAACCUGAUAUUCAUACGGGUUCAUAUGUAAUUCGUUAUUCGUGCGUAUCAACAUCUUCGAUAGAUUUAUCACCUGCAACAUGUCUUAAUAAAACAACAACACUAACAAUAUCAAAUAUAGGCGCUGAACAUAAUGGAACAUAUAAUUGUGUUGCUGCUAUACGUAAUCAAGGACGUUCUGACAACGAACAUCUAUCAUAUGAAUUGCGAGUUCGACAAACUUCCUUAAUUUAUAAUUCAUUUCUUCUAUGGACUAUUGGAAUAUUUCUAUUUCUAUUUUUAUUUCUUCUCACUCUAUUAUGUUUAUGUUGUAUUCUACGUUGUUAUCAAUCAAAACAACAGCAAAUGAAAAAAAACAAAGCAUUAUUAUUUGAUAGUAUGAAUAAUCACAAUGGUUUAUUAGUAGAAAAUGGAAAUAUUUAUAAAGAAAAAAAUGGUGAUGAAAAUCGAUAUGUUACAAAUGGAGUAUAUGAUCCAUAUGAUAUGAUCGAUUCAAGAUCACAACUGGGUCCACCAAUGUACAAUGAAGUACGCAUAGUAGAUGCAACACCGCUGAGAAGCGUUGGUGCUGGUUCAAUGUCUUCAACAUUGCUGCGACGAAAUGAUCCAUUUUAUGAUAGUUGCCGAUCAGAUCGUCAACUUUAUGAACAGGUUUAUCGACCAUCUCCACUUGAAUCUGCUAUAGUCGAUGAAUUUGAAGAUGAAAUGAUAUUUCCUACUGGUUACGAAGAAGAUUAUCAAUAUCGUGAAGAUAUUAUGAAACCAAAUCAAGCCGUUGAUCCACGACGACAAGCUAAAGUACAACAUACGAAUCAUGAUCGAACAAAUGUCACAAGUGUGAUACCAGCAUUAAAUAAAUCAAAUCGAGAUUCGAAUUCUAAAUUUAAUACAUUAGAAUCUCAAUAUGCAGGUCUCGUUGAAUCACAACUCUAG